AUGGCUCUCGGAGCCGUCAAGAUGAUUCCCGGCGUGCUUCAUCGUGAGCCCAGUAUGCUCCCGAUGUAUUUUACUGAAAAUGACACCGUGACCAACACCCAAGGGAACAAGUGGCAGACGGCGCUCAACCACAAGGGCAAGCUGCGCCCGGUUCCCGCCAUGCCGGAAGGUUUCCCAGCCUCAAUCGUGACAUUCCCCGCCAAGCCAGCGGACCUCCACGUGAAAAAACGCCUCGUGCCGCUGUUGAAGGGAAGGUUCCCAAUUGUUCUGCGUCCGCGCAAUAACUUGGACCUUCGCAUGGGAAAGCCCUAUCGACUGUCUGGUGGAGGAGCGGACACAACGCGUACUGAACGGACCAUCACACCAUUUGAAACAGCAGCCAAUGUAGAAGUCUUCGUCAUUGCCGGGCUUGAAACGGUGAGUUCGGCAGUCUCGUUCACCGCUCACCUUUUGGCAAAGCAUCAAGACGUCCAAGAAAAAGUGAGGGCUGAAGUAAAAUUGCUCCUGGAAAAUGAUGGAAGUAUAACCUACGACAACAUCUCCAAGCUGCAGUACUUGAGCCAAGUCAUUUCAGAAUCGCUAAGAGUAUAUCCUCCACUUCCAGGACAAGUGAACAGAAAAUGUGAGAAGGACUUUGAAUUCAACGGAUUUCGCAUCCCAAAGGAAACGCAGAUUCAGGUUCCCGUUCGACUGAUGCACCAUGAUCCAAGAUACUGGGUCGACCCCGACGAAUUCAAUCCUGACAGAUUCAACCCGGAAAACAAGAAAACGAUGGAGCCUGCGGCCUAUAUGCCUUUCGGCAUCGGACAACGGAUCUGUCCAGGGGCGCGGUUCGCCGAAAUGGCACUCGCAUUAAUUUUGUCUAAGAUUGUGGCCAAGUUCAAGUUGCAUUUGAGCGACCAUCCAGACAAGAGAACCAUCAAGUAUGCUUCGCCAGUGAGUCUAGCAUUCGCCGAUGGGGGAGCUUGGCUGCGGAUGGAGAAAAUAUGA